GGAGCGCCUUGGCUGCACUUUUCCAAGGGAGUGGAGAAGAGGAGGGGCGCUAACUGCGCAGGCGUCUCUCGCACCUUGUUGAUUAGUCAGUCCGCGUUGGGAUGGCGUUCACUGGGUCAGCUGGAGCUGCAAGUAGACAAGCCGAGGGGAGCAGCCGCCGUCUUUACAGCGCACGCCGCCGCCGUUGCUGCUGCUGCUGCUGAGGAGUCGGCGGAGCAGCUGUUUGUGGGGAGCUACCUUGCUUUUAAGCCAAACCAUCAUGGCCUGGGGAGACGGCGGCAGCAGUAACAACAACAGGAGAGGCUGAGGAAGGCGGCUCGUUCCGUUCGGGCGGCUGUAGCUCUCCGCAAGGCACUGGCCAAACCCCGCCACCACUUGUCUCCUCCUCCCCAGACCCAAAGAAGGGUGGGAAGAUGGAUGCGGGCCCCUCGCUGGGCUCUAGUCUCAAGGAUGUGAAGUGGAGCUCCGUGUCCGUCCCGUUGGACCUGCUGGUUAGCACUUACCGUCUGCCUCAGGUCGUCAAGCUGGAAGGCGGAGAACCUAUUGAAGGUCUUAGAGAGAGUGAUUACCUUUUGAUUCAUUCAUGCCGACAGUGGACCACAAUUACAGCUCAUAGUCUGGAGGAGGGACAUUAUGUCAUAGGUCCGAAGAUAGAAAUCCCUGUGCAUUAUGCUGGGCAGUUUAAGCUACUGGAACAAGACCGUGAUAUUAAGGAGCCAGUGCAGUAUUUUAACAGUGUGGAGGAGGUGGCUAAAGCAUUUCCUGAACGAGUUUACGUCAUGGAGGAAAUAACAUUCAACGUUAAGGUGGCUUCAGGUGAAUGCAAUGAAGACACUGAACUCUACAACAUCACACUCUGCACGGGAGAUGAGUUAACAUUAAUGGGACAAGCAGAAAUCCUUUAUGCAAAAUCUUCUAAGGAAAAGUCACGGCUCAACACCAUCUUCAAGAAAAUUGGAAAGCUUAAUUCCAUCAGCAAGCUAGGCAAAGGCAAAAUGCCAUGCCUGAUUUGCAUGAACCACAGGACCAAUGAGAGCAUUAGCCUUCCUUUCCAGUGCAAGGGCAGAUUCAGUACUAGGAGUCCUUUGGAGCUACAGAUGCAGGAAGGUGAGCACACCAUUCGCAAUAUAGUGGAAAAAACGCGGCUGCCUGUGAAUGUGAAUGUGCCAAGCCCUCCCCCACGAAAUCCUUACGACUUACAUUUUGUCCGCGAGGGGCACCGCUACAAGUUUGUUAACAUUCAGACUAAGACUGUGGUGGUUUGUUGUGCGCUGCACAGUAACAAAAUUAUUCCAAUGCACUUCCCUUUGCAUUUGGCUCUUCCAAAGUUUACCCUCCCCGAAAGCCUUGUGAAAGGGGAUAUGUGUCAUGAAGCCUUUGUCAAGCACUGGUUCAGCCUCUGUCAAGAGCAGUUUGACAUAGAUGAGUAUUCCCGUGCUGUGAGAGACGUGAAAGCUGACUGGAAUGAAGACUGCAAAAGCCCACAGAAAACUCGGUCCACCAGCCACAAUCAUGUGCCAAACUCUCUUAGUUAUGCUCGAGAUGAGUUGACGCAAUCCUUCCAUCGCCUCUCAGUGUGUGUUUAUGGAAACAACCUCCAUGGAAAUAGUGAGGUGAACCUUCAUGGCUGCAGGGAUUUAUGUAAUGAGUGGGCUUUAUUGUCCCACGAUGCUCUGCAAUACCAGGACUCUGGUGAUAGCAGCAGUGACUACCUUUUCCCUGAAGUUAGUGAAGAAUCAAUGUGUUUACCUACCAAACCAGAACUUCCUUAUGAAGAACUAUGGCUGGACCAGGGGGGUGGGAAGAUGAGCGAUCAGCCUCUUAUUCAUUCACAAAGUGAGAAGAACAAAUGUGACAGUUAUCGGAGUUCUUUCUGGUCCAAGUGCGGUACUUCUUCUCUUCCAGCACCUGGACCUAUAACAGUAACAGCAAAAUCUUCAGAUGUUACCCUACCUCCACCACCUGUGCCUCCUAAAUCGGAAGCAGUCAGAGAAGAGUGUCGACUCCUGAAUGCUCCACCUGUUCCUCCACGAAAUUCAAAGCCAACAUCCACCAGUCCCUCUGUUCCUCCACGGAUGAACAAACCACCACGGCAGCAGACUCGUUCUCCUAGUCCAACGCUCUCAUACUAUUCUUCAGGGCUGCACAACAUCAAUGCUGCAGAUGAAGAAACUGAACUUCCUUCUGAAAGUCCUCCUAUUGCUUGCUAUCCAUGCAGCAAUGUGAAAGCUGACUUGCAAGAGCUUGGCAAUAACAAAUUGCCUUUGGGAAGUCCCUCUGCUGAUGCUCUGUUGUCCAGACUGUCAUGGCCGAAUCAUUCUUCUGGAGCUGCUGAAGGCCUUAAUAGGACCGACUUUCUAUUGGACCUAAGUAGGAGCUACAGUUAUCCAAGGCAGAAGACUCCUGGAACACCAAAGAGAAAUUGCCCAGCAACUUUUACAUUUGACUUUGACAGAAGUGAAUUUCCUGCAGGGGACACACUGCCAGCUACAGCAGAGCUUGGAUGUGCAAUGUCCAGUUGCCCAAAGUCAGCGAGUUACUCUCUCGAGUGCACUGAUGAGAAAAAUCUAGCAGUAAGCAACACACUGCAGUCUCUUUCGUGUCCUGCCUUACCCCCUCGUGCACCAAAAAUGGCAGAUGAGAAGUCGGGCCUUGACUUGUGUCCAUUGCCUUUCAGAAUAGAUGGUGCUGAGGAAGAGCCUCCGAUAGGCUCACCAGACCUUUCUGAAGAUCAGUCCUUCGGUAAAAAGGGCUUGCAGGACAUCUUUACCAUUUCUUAUCCUUUCUCAUCUCCCCUUCACCUUCAACUAGCACCAAGGUCCUGCGGUGACGGCUCUCCUUGGCAACCUCCUGUCGAUCUGUCUGUACUUUCAAUAGAGGAAGUUUCUAAAUCUCUGCGAUUUAUAGGUUUAUCAGAGGAUGUUGUAUCUUUUUUUGUUACUGAGAAGAUUGAUGGCAACUUGCUUGUUCAACUCAAUGAAGAGAUCCUUUCAGAGGACUUCAAGCUAAGCAAAUUACAGGUUAAGAAAAUAUUGCAGUUCAUUAAUGGCUGGCGACCUAAAAUGUAGUGUUAUUAAACCUAUCCAAUGAAAGUCAGAGCGGUGUGCCAGAAGCACUGGGAUUAAUACACAGUCUCCCAUAUUUAUGUUUAUUUUUUGCACUAAAAUCCUCUUUUGCUCUUGUGUAAAUAGUAGCAGGAAAAACAUUCUUACUAUGCAGAUAACUUUGAGUGGUGAGCUGACCCUUCUGUACAUAGUAGAAACAUAAAGGUGUGCCUUGUGCAUUCCUGAACAUUCAGCAGCUGCUAAACAGUGGGCUUUAAAGGGAAUUUAAUUUGUACUUAGUGUAGACUAUUAAGACAUUAUAUUUAUUAAUAUUGAUUAAGCAAAACUGAGCAACACAUCAAUCAGUUUGAUUUUUGUGUGUUUACCAAUAAAUGUAUUUCCUUUUGGGUUUUUAUUUUUGUGUUCUGACGGCUGCAUUCCUUGCCUUCAGUUUUGAUUUAUCCAGUGGUGUCAACCUCCUUUCCCUCCCCCACUUGUUCUAAAUAUUGAGUUAGCAUUCCUUUGCAUGUGGGUUGUGAUAAAAACCCUUUCUGAAUGAAACCAUCUUCCAACAGAAAAUCCAAAAAGCAAAACAAAAAUAUAAAAACUUAUAGCUUCACUUCACCACCAGGUAACUGCAGAUUUCUCACUUAAAAGUUUAAGUUCAUCAUUAUUUCACUGCCUGCUUUGGUUUUUAUAGAGGUGCUGGGCUUGAGGAGAGCAAUACUAAGCAACUGCUCUUAAAUCUCUGUCCUACUUACGCAUGCAUUAUUUUUCUUUCUACAUUGCUUAUCAACUUGUGGCCUCCUCCUGGUCAGACAUCAUAUGUGUAGGUGGAGGAAGGAAAGAGAGGAUCUGAAGUAACCACUUACAAACACCUUCACCUUCCACACACAUAGGCCACAUCUGCACCAUACAUUUAAAGCACUAUUAUACCCCUUUAAACAGUCAUAGUUUCCCGCCCCCCAAAUAAUCCUCAGAACUGUAGUUUGUUCAGGGUGCUGAGAGUUAUUAGGAGAUCUCUAUUCUCUUCUCAGAGUGGUUUAACCAUUAAUCCCUCUUCCUAAGGAAUUCUGGGAAUCGUAUCUCUUUGAGAGGAAUAGUGGCCUUGCAGCAACUCUCAGCACCCUUAACAGACUUCAGUUCCUAGGAUCCUUUGGGGGAAGCCAUGACUGUUAAGGUGGUAUCACAGUGCUUUAAAUGCAUGGUGCGGUUGUGGCCACACAAAUUUAUGAACAGUCAAUGUUCCACAAAGGGCUCCUAGUAAUUUCCACCUUGAUAGUACAUGAGGGAGAAGGAAGGCACUCUGUUUUGGUCUUUCAUAAUUGAGUUAAGCCCAAAUAGUGUAAAAUCAUAGCUGUACCAACACACUUCUCAGAAAUUAUCACCACAGUUUGAUUUUAUCAUGAUACUGUUUGCUAUAAAAACUGCUGCAAUCAAGGCAGGUGCUCUCUUUCACCUAAACAGAGUUCUCUUGCAUUGUUGUUGUUAUGUGCCUUCAAGUCGAUUACGACUUAUGGCAACCCUAUGAAUCAGCGACCUCCAAGAGCAUCUGUCAUGAACCACCCUGUUCAGAUCUUUUCAGGUCUGUGGCUUCCUUUAUGGAAUUAAUCCAUCUCUUGUUUGGCCUUCCUCUUUUUCUACUCCCUUCUGUUUUUCCCAGCGUUAUUGUCUUUUCUAGUGAUCUCUUGCAUAGCAGAAAACAAGUCUAGAAAGAAAGAGCAUAAGCCCACACAUUCCUUUCAGUGCUGGGAAGGGAGGGGGUUCUAAAAUGUAGAUAUGAGGUUAGAUAUGCUAUUUUAAACAAUUUAUUUGGGGGGGUAGUAUUAACAGAGAACAAGCAAAGAUUUGAAUGCAAAAUAUGUUUGCAACUACUUUGCAUUCAACCAGAGCAUAUUUUGAUGGCUUGCUUUAGUGUACAAUAACUGCUAGGCAACAAUACCCCCCUUGUCUUGGCUGUAAAAUGCACACAAGGUGAGAAUGAUCUGCCUUGGAGUGUUACUGUUUAGGACAUAACACUCUAAGAUUUCUUAAAAAUAUAUUAUGAGGAAAGAGCAAAACUUAAAUGCUAACCUAAAUGAGUUCACACUCCAAAAACUACAUCUAGUCUAACGAAAUUGAAACUGAAUAAAUGAUGAUUUUUAAAAAAAAGUUGUUUAGAGGAAGGAUAAUAGUUGAUGAUACCCUCCUAUUCUUGAAAUAAUAUAAGGAUGUUUUAGGCUCCUAAUAUAUCUGAUAUGCAUUUGACUAUUAAACAGUGGGCUAGGGAGAAGGCAAGUUUGGCCCACAUGUUGUGCAUUGUAUUUUCCCAGUUAGCCUGUUUUUAUUAGACUAGACAAGAAAUAGAAUGAAGUCUCAGUGAGGGGAUCUAGGUUUGACACAUCAAUACUAAUCCCUCUGCUUAUUCACAAAAUGGUUAAAUAGCUAGGAUGAAGGAUUUCAUGUCAGUAUUUAAAGCAAAAUGAAUCAUACCUCCUGUCUCCCCCCCCAAUGCAAUGUUCCUUAAUCUUUUCACUUAUUUUCCUUGUUACCUUUGAAAAUAAAAACAAAAUUUUAGAGAGCUCACAGAAGACUGCAUACUCUUUUUGUGGAAGAAAGCCGGAGGAAGAUCUGGUAAUUAGGAGGAGAUUGUAAACCACACGUUUGGUUGUUCAACAACAUUUUGGAGCUUGAACAAAUUCAAAUAGUUGUCACUGAUAGUGACUUGGAAAUAAAGUUCUUUAAAAUUAAUGGAAUUUAUGCAGCACUUUCUCUACACAUGAGCAGACCAGAGCUGUCAUUAGGUGGAUUCUCAUUUGAGGAGUAUUCAGUAUAACUGGGCUGUACGCUGAUAAUUCUAGAAAUUCUUAUGAUACAAUGUCUGAAUGGUUUUUCUUCUCACCCCAGUACCUCAUAUGAGUGCAGGUACUUCUGUGGCCAAGGGCAGCUCAGGGCUGCACUUGUGUAGGGAAAAUGUCUGUGGAAAACAGCCUGUGUAAUUUCAUUCUUAGUGGCCCAGUUCACAUGUAACCCUAAACUAUAGUUUAGCACUACACACACACACUGGAAUGAGCUCAAGACUCAAGAGGAGGACUUCGCCAGGACUUUCAUUUUCUCUGAAUGUUGGCUUGUUGUGUAGUCCAAACCAGGGUUCCUUCCUGGUAAAUACCAAUGGUUUAGUGUUACAUGUGUGCAUGGCCAAUGGCUUGAAUCCUCAGAUGUGCUAUCAUAAUGAAGUUCAUGGAAGGAAAAUUUCCUAUCCCAUUCUCCCCUUGCAACCUUCUGUGCCCCAUGAAAAGCCUCUGUAUGAUCAAGGACCCUUCUUAACAAUGAAGGGGGAUACUAAGGAAGGAGAGAAUCACCCAAACUGACUUAGGAUCCAACUUGUCUGUGCAGCCAAGCCAAGCCAAUGUGCUUUCAGUUCAACUCAGACAUCACAUCAAACCAUUAUUGAAAAAGCUUAAGUGUGGUUUGGCAUCAUACCUUAGAGCAAACUCAGGCAGUUGAAUGCCUGUCAGUUUGGAAGUGAAACUGCAGUUGCCUAACAUCUGUGUUUCUGCUUUCAAAAACCUGAUUAUUUUUAAAGCUAUGGUUCCUAAGCCAGUUCCUCACCGUUUAUCAUCCCUUACGAUAUGUGCACACCACAUGGUUAGAAACCUUUUAAUAGCUAAGAGGAUUUCUCUGCUUUUCAGGACGCAAGAAAAAUGCAACUGCUAUUCCGAUUUCUAGCAAUUUUCCUCUUAAUGGAAAGCAGUUCUGAACGUUUGGCAACCUUUUGAAAAAUGCAGCAACAUCCUAUGUAUAUUUUCUGGGAGUAAGCCCACUGAACACAGUAGGUCUUACUUUGAGUAAAGCAUGUCUAGGAUUGUGGUUCUGCUAUUUGAUUGUAUUAAGCAGUUCAUAAUCCUGCAACUUAAUUGACAUUUAACUUACAAAUGAAUCCAUUCAGUUCACAAGUGCUAUAUGGUACACUGUGUUUACUUUGUUCCAAGGCUAGUUGACUGUUAUGUGACUUUGUAUUGCCUUUUGAGUUGCUGUCCUAUGUAAGAAACCAGGUGCUAGAGACAAUAUGUGGUGUGUUUUAUAGCACUUAGAGUAGCAAGCUAGUAACACACUCAUACACACACCAAUUCCAUCUCUGCAUGUCCUGUUAUCCCAGAAUUCGUAGUGACUCUCAUUUCUGCAUUUGUUCCCCCCCCCCGUUUUUUACCUUUGUUUCCACAGUUCAUAGUUGUUGCCUUAUUAUUCUUUGGGAAAUCAUCUGCCCUACCACCACCCCAGUAGAAUAUUUUAACAAUGCUAGUCCAUUGGAAGAUUAAUGGUUGAGAGAGGAUUCCUAAAGCAUUUGUACACCAUCCAAGGAGUGAUACUAAUUCUUCAAACCCUGCCCACUUAUGCAAGAGCUCCUGUCUCUCCUCACCCCCUAAAUAUGUUCAGAGUUCUUAUUUCUUGUGAAAUCAGAGAUAGAAUUUUUCCAUGGUGCUAUGCUAAUAGCAUUCAGAGUAAGGGGAAGCACCCAGGCUGACAGACAGCAUUCUUGCUGGACACUACCUGCUGCAAGGCAGAGUGCAGCAUGGAGGCAGAAGACAAGGAUCUUCCUCAUAUGACUAAGCCGUCAAAGUUAAAUGUGUAGCCUCUCAUACAUAUUCUGAUUAAAAGGAGUGUCCUGUCUUAGAUCUGCUGUUCUUUUCAUGUUGGAUAAAUAAUCAAAACUAAAGUGCUAGUUGAAAGCAGAAUUUACUGCAUUUUCUCUUUAGGAACUGUGUAGUGGACAUAGUUCUAUGUGUAAUCUUCUUGCUGCAGAAUCCGUUGUAUAUGCAGCACAACAGUACCUUAUAUAUUAGUCCUUUAUAGAUGGGUGUUGUUGUUUCACCACAGGAUUUCAAGUAGUUUUUAUUUGAAGAGGAGGGAGCCAAGGAGUAUUGAGGCCAUUUAUAAUAUAUUUAUCUGAUAAUGCCUAUGGCUAACCAAAGUCCUAUAUUGCAAUGUAUUGUGUUCAGUUUCUUCAAGACACAGUGCAAUCCUAAGCCUGUUUCCUCCAAAAUAUGUCCCACUGGGUUCAGAAAGGCACCUGCACACACUUGCUUGGGAUGGAGCAGCCGCACUGAACUCUGUGGGACAUCCUGCCAAGUAAGCAUGCAUAGUACAUCAGUCUGCUAGUGGCAAAAACUAAAGCAGUAGAGAAUGCUUGCUUAAUUGCACAAAGGGAAAUGCAGUUUUAAAAGCUGUAUUGGCAACUGAGAAAUUGUGGGUAAAGCUAAAUUUAUUUACUUUAUGACAAAUUACAAUAAAGUGUCUGUGACAAUAAUUAUAAUGUAUAAUUUGAUUUUGUAAUGGCAACAGUUUGAUUUGAAGUAGAAUAGGGUGGAUUAGUUCAACAGCGUAGUCCUAAGAGAAAACUUCAGGAAGUUCGCAGAAGGAAAGUUAACCAUCCCUUUCUCUCCCCUGUAUAUUAAUACAACUGGUUUGUUUCAGAUACAGUAGGAGGUGGAGAGAUGUACUGGCCAAACAGACUAGGGCACUUUGCAACAUUCCUGAAGGGAUGUGGCUUCAUUUCUCAUUUGGUCCACAUUAAAAGCCUGCCCAGCUGUAAGAGGGUCUUUAUCAAUUGCAAUGAGAAAAAAAAACAAUAGCAAAUCAGACCUAAUGCAGUCUGGGCCAUAUAAACCUGUGCCUUAACAUCAGCCCAAAAGCUUUAAGAGGCUUGGACAAACAAUGAUACACUGAAUUAAUUAUCAUUGCCUCAGGGAAUCUAGAGGUGGCAAGAACACCAUUUAAUAUGAGCUGCAUCUGGCUGUGAAUGGUGGAGUGAAACAGAUCCAGCUCAGCUCAUUCUGCAAGGCUGGGAACGGUGAAAGUGUUACACAGUAGCUACUUCCUACAUGAAGGGAUAGGUGUGUAGGGGGCUCAUACUUACCAUCACUAGUAUUAUACUGGGGCAGUUGCAAUAUGAGCAUUAAUUUCCAAAAGUGUAAAGAGUGCUAUUUUUGAAACUGAAAUGUAAAGUUGGUAUUACAGCAUGUGAUUGCCUUUUAGUUGAAGCAAUCCAUUCAUGAGAUGAGUCUAUAUAAAUAGUAUAUAACAGAAAAAGAAGUGGAAUACCAUUUUGAUUUAUACACUCUGAAAGCUAAAUGGAACAUAUAAGCCUCACUAAUAUCUAAAACAAAAAUCUUUUUUUAAAAAUAGGUUUUUAAGAAAUUCCUGAUUAAAGAAGCUGAUCAGGUAUAAAAUAAUGGCAAAAUUUCAGACAAACUUUUUUUAACUCUUAUCAAAAUAGCUUCCAAUUUCAGUUAGUCAGUUUCCUAAUGGGUUCCAUGUAUGUCAAAAAUAUGAAUUUCAAAAUGAAACAAAUGAUUGGUUCAGUGAAUACAUUCCAUUGUUAAAACUAAGUGUGUGUUUGUGAAAUUCAGUGCUGGCUUGAUAAUCUCCUUACAGGUUUUGGCAUGAGGAACAUUUAUUUAAUAAAUAGCCCUACUAUGUAUAUGAACAAAUGUCAAUGGUGUAUUGUAAG